AUGCGCUGCGUGAACACAGGCGCCGGCGCCGCGGCGCCGGUGGCUAACUCGCGAAUCGUCAUUUCGUCAUUAUUUGACAAGUCGCCAAUCGCCAUCGCCAUUCAAAAACAGAGAUCUCCUGGUCUCGUGCUGGUAAUGUGCAUAAAUGUGAAUAGGCCAUCAACAGCAAUGGAAGAAGAGACAGAUCAAAGUGGCAAACCUUUCAAAAUAACCAAUUCUUCUAGAGAAAGUCGUAAAGGAUUGGUGGCCUGCUCUCUGGAGGACCUAACCUCAAAAGUGUUGGAGAAACUUGCCAUAGCAAACGAAAACAAAAUUACUGUAGUACUGGAAGUAGAUGGCACAGAAAUCGACGACGAAGAGUAUUUCGGCACUCUGGAUCCCCACACGAGUUUGAUGAUCCUAACGGAAGGCCAAAACUGGUCACCUCCAUCGCCUCCUUGCAGAAUUAACAUGGACCAAGUUGAUGAUGCCAAUGGGGGUACUGAACUGGCAGGUCUUGUGGGUAAGCUGAAGCACAACUUAUGCCAUGUGUCUCUGUUAGGGGGUGCAGAGCUGGAACUGCUCAGUGAUAUGGAUCCAGAGUCUCUGGUUGACAUUACAUUCCCAGAUAAGAUAUUUUUGGAGCAGUUGAAGGAAGCAUCAGGCAGAUUUUUAUGUGAAAAGAGACAGGCUCAAGAUGCUCUGGAAUUGCUGAGGUUGUAUAGAGAAAGAGAGGCUGAAGGGGGUAACUAG